AUGAACGCUGGGACGACUGGGAGGAAGAAACACAAGACUCAAAAUGUUUGUUUUGCAAAGACUUGUUUAACGCAACGGACGAAUUGUUUCAGCAUUGCAAAGAAAAGCACGGAUUUGACUUUCAGAAACUUCGUUCUGAACAAAAACUCGAUUUUUAUCAAUCCAUUCGUUUGAUAAAUUACGUUCGUAAUCAGGUCUUGAAUAAUUCGGAAUUGGAAAAUACCACAUCUUAUGCAAUACCAGAUGUUCAAUUGGUCAUUAAUGAUGACGCAUAUCUCAAGCCUGUAUAUGAGGAUGAUCCUUUAUUAUAUGCAUUUGACAGCACAGAUAUUGAUGAUGAUGAAGAAUUUGAUGUAAAUAUGCAUUCAGAAAAAUUAAUUGAUCAUGAUGAUCAAGAAGCUUUGUCUGCAAGUUUAAAUGUAACUACUCCAUUGGAGCACGAACUUCUUAAACGACUCAGAAUCGUUGAAGAGAAACUUUUUAAUACUGAAGUACAACUCAGAAAGUCUGAAAAUCAAUUUAUUGAAUAUCGAAACAUGGUAAAAGAAUCGUUCUUUGACAGUUAUUUUGAUGCUGAAAGCGAAAAAUCAGUGAAAUCAUUGCAACUAACCAGUAAUUUUGAAAAUUACGAUUACUAUUUUAAUUCAUAUGCAAAAAAUGAUAUUCAUGAAGAAAUGUUAAAAGAUCGAAUUCGAACAGAGAGUUAUCGUGAUUUUAUCUAUGAAAAUAAAGACCUUUUCAAGGAUAAGGUUGUGUUGGAUGUUGGGUGUGGCACUUGUAUUCUGUCAAUGUUUGCUGCUAAAGCCGGUGCAUCUAAAGUGUUUUCUGUAGACAAAUCUGCCAUUAUCCAUAGAGCAAAGGAUAUUGUAGAAGAAAAUAAAUUAAAUGAUGUGAUCACCUUAUUCAGCGGUAGGAUAGAAGAUGUUGUUCUUCCUGUACAAAAAGUUGACAUUAUAAUAUCAGAAUGGAUGGGUUAUUUCCUUUUUUUUGAGGGUAUGCUCGACUCUUUGAUUGUUGCGCGUGAUCGGCUACUUGCACCGGACGGAAUUAUUGCACCUAGUCAUUGUCGUCUUUUAUUUGCUGCUAUUGAGGAUGAAGAGCUUUUUAAUGAUACUUUUAAUUUUUGGAAUGACGUUUACGGGUUUAAAAUGACGGCAAUGAAACGUCCAAUUUAUACGAGCGCUAUUAUAGAUUAUGUAACACAAGAUGCACUUAUUUCCGAUACAGUUUCAAUUAAAGAAGUUCCUCUCCAUACAAUUCGCAAAUCUCAAUUGAAUUUCACUUCGCCGUUUACAUUAAACAUAUUACGUGAUGGCACUGUUCAUGGAUUCUUGGGUUAUUUUGAUACCUGGUUUACACGUGACGGCCAUUAUAUUCCAUUGUCGCAGAAUGUGAAUGAUAAGAUUGAUGGCAUUACUAGCUUUACAACUGGGCCACAAGGUGGGAUUACCCACUGGAGGCAGACGAUAUUUUUUCUUGAACAUGGAAUUCAUGUUACGAAGGGUACAACGAUCGUUGGCACAAUUGAUUGUCGUAAGAAUAUAGAAAAUUAUCGCGAUCUUGAUUUUGAAAUAUGCUAUAGCAUAGUAAAAGCUGGAGAGGACUCUAAAUGUGGUUUAAGCGUUGUCAUUCGUCUAACCAAUGACGGAACUUUAUAUUAUGUAAAUUUGCCAUCAAACAAUCGAUCCGACUUUGUCAAAAAAAUGGGUAAUGAUAUUGCCACAUCUAUUAAUUGUGAUGCCUCGCGUAUAACAAUUCCGACAUAUUAUCAAUACAGUAAUGAAAAUAAUAAUGGGGAUCAAAUUUUUAUGCGCGUUAAUAUUGCUCAAGGUGAUGAUAGAGAUGCAUCUAGCCUUGCUAGUGAAUUAAAUAAAACGAUCAUGUAUAAGAACAUUUCAACAAUUUCCAAUGGCACCACCUUUAAUUACAUUGAUCAAUCUAAUGGCGCUUGGUUAAUACCCAACUUAUGGGAUAAAUACAAUUUUAUCCUUUUUGGUGUCUUUGUUGGAUUGGUCUUUUCUGGUACCUUGUGCAUCGUCGAUGAAUUUGGAAAAAUGUUUAGACGACAAUAUGCGAUAGUCAAAUUCUUGACCAUUUCUGUGUCUACAUUAAUAGUGGCAGAUCUUGUAUUUGACAUUUUAUUUAUUGUUUUUCAUAGAAAGGAUGAAAAAUGGAUUAUGAAUGUCAGUCACGAACUUAGAGAUAACGAUCUCUAUAAAAGAUGGUGGAAGAAUAAUAGCUACGCUGUUCUAGCUAUAAUGCUUUUAUCUUGCCUUGAUAAUGAAGCUUUGAACGUGGCAAGCUCAUAUUUUGCUGGUUAUAGAUCAUUAAAUGCUCUCUACACACGAAGAGCAUAUCAGAAGAUUAUCUAUGCUAUUGCUUUUAAUAUGUUUAUCGAAGACGUACCUCAAUUCAUAUAUUUGAAACGGCAAAAUUAUAAUUUAAAAUUUACUGGAGAAUAUAGAUGUGAUAAGAAAGGACAGUUAAUGACAUGGAAAAUUGAUAAAAACUGCCAUAGGCUAUCGGUAUAUAAAAAUAAUUAUAAAGAGCCAAUCAGUUGUAAUGAUUUUGUUGAAAUCGGUAAUUAUCUAGGAUCAUAUUUAAUGCCUAAUGAUGACUUAAUUGUGAUUGCAACAGAGUUUAUUGCAAUUUUUACUCUUAUUGAAAAUGAAAUACAAACUAUUUAUUAUGCUAGGAUAACUUUGUUUGAGAAUAUAAUUCAAAGACAUAUAAAAUUUGAUAAGAAGAACAAAGUGAUAGUAAUACUUGAAGGUACUUUUACACCAGAAAAUUUAUGGGAUGUCAGAUAUUUUAAAUAUCUAUUAGAUUUCAUUGAUGAAAAGGAUACUAGUUCAUUAGCCGCUUGGGAAUAUUAUAAUAAUAUAACUCUUGUUCUUUUAUGGAUAACAUUUUUAUUCUUUAUGGUUAUUUAUCUUUUAAAUCUAUUUAUUGGCUUAUUGAAUAUUGCUAUUCAGGAUAACAAUUCUAGAGUUUUAUUUCUACUUCAAAAAGCUGAAGUGCUUGCUGAAAUCGAAUUGUUUUAUCUACUUCCUCACCAAAGAAGAUGGAAAUCUUGA